GUGAAGAUCCACCCCAGCAAGUAUUUUAUUGAUUAACAGAUUGGCGUUGCCUAUGCACGUGAUCUCUACCAGGCAAAUAAAGAAAGGGCGAGUCUGUUUGUUAUCUUUCAAUCGUUUUGGUGGCAGAGAGAAGAUUACACGGAGCUUGUGUUUGGUGAAGAAAUAUAAACGUCAGUGAUCUUUAUAUAAAAACGAUAAGACAUAGUUAAGUAAAAGUGAGAUGUAAAAGAAGCCUGUGCUUAGUAAAGAAUUUCAAGUCGCACCUAUUCCUAACGUACAGACAAAAAGGAUCGGACGUAGGGCGUGUGUGAGAUCUCAAUACCGGAAGCAGAGGAUUGAUUUGCUCGACAAAAAGGGUUCAUUCGUGACGCACACUGGAAACUAUCCGAGCCAGAAUUUGAUUGAUUUGAAAAAAAUCCUAAUCCAUUUCACUUCGAACAUCAUGUUUUGGUUGACAGUCGUAGGAAGAGGUCUAUCUUUGGUAGGCUUGGUGGUGAAGAAUUUUCAUGGCCAGCUAAACAUCAUAGAGACUGAUAAAGAAUCGUGCAUAACUUAUGUCGAGAGAGAUUCUGCUUCCAACCAAACGAAGAGAGACCAUAAGAUAUUCAACGAUCCAAUUCAUGGCACCAUCAAACUUCAUCCUUUGUUGGUCAAAAUUAUCAACACACCACAAUUCCAGCGUUUGAAAGAUAUCAAGCAGUUGGGACUCUGUGAUUAUGUUUACCCUGGAGCAACUCACAAUAGGUUCGAACAUUCUCUUGGAACUUCUUAUUUGUGUGGGAAGUUGAUUGAUAAACUACAAAAGCUUCAUCGUGGAGAGAUUGAGAUCACAGAUAAAGAAUGCAUGUGUAUUAAAAUAGCAGGACUUUGUCACGAUCUUGGCCAUGGACCGUUCUCUCAUUUCUUUGAAGAGUACAUCAAAAAGAAAAAACCUAAGUGGAAGCAUGAGGAUGCGUCUUGUGAACUUUUCGAAUUCAUGCUCGAAGAAAACUCAGAACUUAAGAAGAGUUUUGAUGAUUUUCCACUUAAUCAGGAAGACAUAGAAUUCAUCAAGGAACUUAUCAAAGGUAAAGACCCCAACAAAGAAGACGAAAAGGUAGAAAGGAUAUGUCCAUUUACAGGUCAACCAAAAUGGUUUCUUUAUGAAAUCGUGUCAAACAAACGAAAUGGCAUCGACUGUGACAAGUUUGAUUAUUUUGCCCGUGACUGCGCUAAUGUUGGAGUGAAAUGUACAUUUGACCAUCGACGCUACUUUCAAAAUGUUCGCAUCAUGUCUAACCCUGAUAACCAACAACUUCAGAUCUGCGUACGUGACAAAGAGGUGUUUAACUUGUACGAGUUAUUCCACACCCGUUGGUCCCUUCAUCACAGAGUUUACCAACACAAAACUCAAGCACCUAUAGAAGACUUGCUCUUUCAAGCGUUUGAGAAAGUCGACGAAGUCAUGAAAAUUUCAGACGCUGUGAAAAAAGUAAAAACAGAUGAAGGUAGGCGACAAUACUGCGUCCUAACAGACAGCAUUCUUCAUGACAUAUUGCGAAACAAAACGCCUGUUUUCAAAGAAGCGCAAGAUUUGAUAAAACGCAUACAAAACCGCCAAAUUUACAAAUUUUGCGGCCAAAGUCGGCAAAUUUUGCGGCCAGAAUCAAAAGACGAUAGCCCCAGUCUGCAAGAAUCAAAAGACAAGUCCAGCUCACCAGAAUUAAAAGACGACGAAAUUUGUACAAAAAUUGCCGAAGAUUUAGCUCAAAAUUCCAAAGGAGAGUUAAAAAAAGAGGAUAUAUUUGUUUCCCCCGUUGAAAUCAAUUUUGGAAAGAAAAGUAAAAAUCCAAUUGAUGCUGUGAUGUUUUUCAAUAAGUCUCUCGAAGUAAUAAGAAUAAAGAGAGAACAAGUGAGUGGAAUAUUGCCACGAGAUUUCGAGGACAAAUACUUCAGAGUUUACGCAAGAAACCCCGAUCAAAAAGAACUGAUUAGACGUUUGUUUAAGGAAUGGUGCUCCGGGCAGAAAAAUUUUCAAGAACCUUUUGGAGGAUAAAAAACAAUUUAAAGUCAGUGUUUCUAUGUCUAACUUUUUUGAAAAUGCACUUUACGAUUUCUUAAUUACAUAAUCACUAGUAUUUGUAAUGUAUUACAUCAAAGCCCAAGUGAAGGAUAAAAGAAAAAUGACGAGCAAAAUGUUAGCUAAACCUUGCUAAUCAUAUUUUACCUUGCAAAUCAGGAUAAAUUGUAUCAAAUUCAACAAAAUGAUUAAAUAUGCUCUUAUAAAGUUUCGACUUUUAUCAACGAAAUGACUGUAGCCUGGCGACGCCUUUAUUUGGUAGCCAAUAAUAAUCAUAUAUAAAACUAUUAUGCCGAAAAUUGUCGAAAAUUUUGAACAGCAGCUGAUACAGACACUGCUAUACUGUAUUCCUCAGGUGAUAAAAAUCGACUUAAAAACAAAACGAGCCGAUGUAUCGGAAACGUACAAAUUCUGCUGAGAGCUUUCAACUUCAACAAACCCCAAUUUAAUCCAUUCAAAAUAUGUCUUACAUCUCAUUGUACAUAAUUGUUUAUCGAAGAUAUGAUUACAGACGACACUAAAUGCUGAUGUCAUAAACAUCCCUAGGCAUGACUAGUGUCACCAAAUGUUUAUGCAAUUACUCUGUUGAUUUUGUAUGUACUAUUUUAGUGUUGUUUUCGUCGUGUCGUUUUUAUCACCAACCUUUUCUGCGAUGUACAGAAAAACUUUAUUCGUAAAGAAUUUUGUUUGAAUUGUGUAAAAUAAUUCCCGUAAAUUAUUUUGUAAUUUGUCAUUUUAAUUUCACUAAAUCGUAUGUGCUUGACACAUUAUCAAUCAAA